UUUUCAUCCAAACACUAUGAGAGAGGCACUACUUCCUACCACUCUUCCAUUCAAAAGUCAAAACACUAUCAUGCAGCCAAUAUGCAAGUUGGCUGUUUCCCUUCAACUUGCCUCCUUUAUCCUCCUCCUAUUGCUUCUUUCACCACCAACCAUAGCCCAAACUCCACCUUCUAAGGCCACAACCACUACAAUCACCAAAGGCACCACCAUCACGAAACCGGGAUGCCCACGAAAGUGUGGAAACCUGACGGUUCCAUACCCAUUCGGAGUAGGUUUAGGCUCGGGUUGCGCUCUCAACCCGAGCCUGGAAAUCAACUGCAACACAUCGAACAAUCCCCCAAUGCCUCUUAUAUGGAACCUCCAUGUCUACGACAUCUCCGACUCCCAAGUCUGGAUCUCCAACUCCGUUUUUACGAGAUGCUACACCCCGACGGGGGGCUUGCUCGCGCAAAACCCGGCUUGGAUCAACCUCGGCAGUUCCAGCCCGUACACUUUCUCGGACAAAAACCAGUUCACCGUUGUAGGGUGCGACGACGGCGGUGUCUUUAUCGGAAACAGCCUCAGAAACGGGAAGAACAUCGGUAAUGGGUGUGCCGCUACAUGCGACAAGCCACAGGAUGUGACCGGCGGGAGGUGUAUAGGUUCCGCCGGUUGCUGCCAAAUCCCGAUCAUGAAAGGAUUGAGGAUUAUCAACGUAACUGGUAUGGCCUCGGUGUACGGCCAUGCUCGGGUCUGGUCUGAUAAUCCCUGUGGGAACGCGUUUAUAGGGGAAGCCGGUCGGUUUGAUUUCCGGGGCUCAGAUGACCUUAAAGACCUGAAUUUUAGACGGAGGGUGAUGGAAAGUGUUCCGGUGGUACUAGAUUGGGCUAUAGGGAAUUUGAGUUGUGAAGGCGCAAGGAAGAAAGAUGAUUAUGCGUGCAAGGAGAAAAGUCAAUGCGUUGACGUUGACAAUGAUUCCGGAGGUUACCGUUGUAGGUGUGACAAUGGUUAUAUGGGCAAUCCUUAUAUCUCUAACGGCUGCCAAGAUAUUGAUGAGUGUAAAGAUCCAAAUGAGAAUCCAUGUGAAAAGAUUUGCACAAACACGCCGCCGGGAAGCUAUACUUGCUCUUGUCCACAUGGGUACACCGGCGAUGGUAAGAAAAAUGGGCAGGGUUGUGUAGCAACUGGGUCAGAAUUCCCCUGGAUCAAGUUUUCUGUGGGUCUGGGGAUCGGUUUUUUAUCGUUGGUUGCUGGAGUAACAUGGCUAUACUUCUUCGUUAAGAAAACAAGACUAAUCCGACUACGAGAGAAAUUCUUUCAACAAAAUGGUGGUUUAAUCUUGAAUCAGAGAAUAACAACCACAGUAGACGGAGCCGGAGUAGAUGCGGCGAAAAUCUUCACCGCUGAGGAGUUGAAAAGAGCCACCAACGACUACUCAAGUGACCGUGAACUCGGCCGUGGGGGAAACGGCAUCGUUUACAAAGGCAUCCUACCCGACAAUCGCGUAGUCGCCAUCAAGAAAUCCAAAACUAUGGACGAGAGCAAAAUCGAAGAAUUCAUCAAUGAGGUAGUCAUCCUCACUCAGGUCAACCAUCGUAAUGUUGUCAAACUCAUAGGUUGUUGUCUCGAGGUUGAAGUUCCGAUGUUGGUCUAUGAAUACGUCUCCCACGGCACUCUCUACGAGCACAUCCACAAACUCGGCGGCAGUUCUGAUUGGCUUUCAUGGGAAAUCCGAUUAAGAAUAGCGGCAGAAACUGCGAGUGCACUCGCCUACCUCCAUUCAUCGGCAGCAAUACCUAUAUUCCAUCGAGAUGUAAAAUCAGCAAAUAUAUUACUAGAUGAUAAAUAUAUAGCGAAAGUUUCAGAUUUUGGCGCGUCCAGAUUAAUCCCUUUGGACCAAACCCACUUAGCCACUUUGGUGCAAGGGACGUUCGGGUAUUUGGACCCGGAAUACUUCCAGACGGGUCAAUUGACCGAAAAGAGUGACGUGUAUAGUUUUGGAGUUGUAAUUUGUGAGCUUUUGACCGGAAUGAAACCGGUUUCAAGAGAAAGAAGCGAGGAGGAGAGGAAUUUGGCAGCUUAUGUGGUGAGAUCCAUGGAUAAGAAUCAAUUGUUCAAGAUUCUGGAUCGUCGCGUUUUGAAGGAAGCGGCAUUAGAGCAAGUGGAGAGAGUUGCAGGGCUUGCAAGGGGAUGCGUUCACUUGAACGGCGCAGAUAGGCCUACGAUGAAGGAAGUGGCUAUGGAGUUUGAAAGGUUGAGAAAGUUCAAUAAGGAGACGUGGAACCGUGGAUUGCGAACUCCACGAGAUGAUGUCAUUUUUGUUGGUCAAAUGGAUGAUCAAGAUAGGUCUUCAUCAUCCGGAGACCUUUAUACGCUUCAUUUGAACUCUACGACUUUGACUAGUGAGUAUUCGGGACAAUACACCACUUCUACUAGUUCCAUACCCAGAUUCCCCAUUAAUCCAAAUCAACGGUGAUUAAGGUGACAAUCCCCGUAAUCAAUUGUAUCAUUAUAGUAUAAAUUGAUCAAAUUUGUGCUUUUCCCCACUUCAGAUUAUUAAGCUGUAACACUAAUUUAAAUCGGGUACAUUUUCUCAACCAUUGAAAUAUAUGGAAUGCACGUUCACUUUUAUAAUGUCAAUUAAUUUUUUCUA